CUAAUAACCCCUGCGGAAUCGGCAACAAAAGACGGGCCCUGUGACAGUGUUUAUCAUUCGCUUUAUCCGACUUUCCUCCAGGACUUCAAGCAUGCCGUGGCCAGACGUGGCCGCAGUGCCGGAGGGUGAAUUACUACUGCGUCACGAACCUAGCGGUACUUAUCUCCGUCAGUUCAGAGUCUUCAGACACCGUGACAGGUAUCCGUCGGCUUCUAUGAAUAAUCCUUGCUGACGAAAAUCAAUGGCACCGGGUCACUCCCGCAGUCGACAGUCUCGUGCCUGCACAAAGCCGUUGAACUUCGUAACCAUGCCGCUGCUACAGAAACGGCUAUAAUCUCCAAUAGAUCCUCGAAUCAAACACAACAAUGAAUGUCAUCUCCGCACCCUCUCCAUUAAGUCUCUGGGAAACCGUACGCUCCGUUGGCGCAUUCAAUGUCGCUUGUUCAUUUGUCGCAUUAUGGGCUUUCGUCAAAGUUCUAAGGGCGCUUCGCUGGCGAUUGAAGACGACUCAACUGCGGGGUCCGCCUCGUACCAGUUUUAUAUAUGGCGUUUCGUACGACCUCGCCUCAGCUAGAUCUCAAGAUCGUGGUGGAGCGUAUGAACGUUGGGCGACAGAAUAUGGGGUAGCGUAUAUGAUUCCAAGCACCCUCGGACAGACUAGAAUCGUGCUGUGUGAUCCAAGAGCUAUAGCACAUUUCUACGCUCGAGAGACAUGGACAUAUGUGCAGACGCCUCUUUCGCUGGCGCUUACGGAGGCAACAUUGGGUAGAGGACUAUUGUGGUCUCAGGGUGAAGACCACAGGAGGCAGCGGAAGGCUCUCACGCCAGCUUUCAGUAAUGGAGCGAUUCGGAAACUCACAUCAGUGUUUUAUGACUCAGCAUACAAGGCCAAAGGUGCAUGGGAUACUGCUAUAGAAUCCAGCAAAGAUGGCGACGCUGUCAUCGAGGUUCAGAACUGGAUGAAUCAUAUAUCUCUGGAUACAGUUGGCAUUGCUGGUUUCUCCCAUGAUUUUGGCUCGCUCGAUGGAAAGCACGCCAGCGUGACUGAAGCGUUUGAUACUUUCGGAGCCAAUCAACCUUCAGCACUGCACAAAGUUUUUAUGCUGUUUGCGUUCGUGUUUCCUAUCAUUACCAAAAUCCCCACCAAGCGGGCGAAUCUGUUCAAGAAACUUGGCAUAACCAUGGAAGAAAUAUCCAACGACUUAUUGACUCGCAGCCGCCGGGAGAAGGAUAUGAAUAUGAGCGGGAGAGACGAGGAGAAGUCCAUCAUUGGAUUGUUGAUUAAAUCCGAAGACCAGGAUGCUGAGCUUCAUAUGUCGAAGGAAGAAGUAGUGGCUCAGAUGAAGGUCUUACUUCUUGCUGGUUAUGAGACGACAUCCAUCAGUCUUACGUGGGCGCUGAUCGAGCUAUCGCGACACCCCGAUGUUCAAACCAGCCUCAGAGAGGAACUGCUUGGGUUUGGCGCUGAUCCGACAUAUGACCAAUUAAAGACCAAUCUCCCAUACUUGGAUGCGGUUGUCCAUGAAAUUUUACGACUCCAUCCUCCGGUGGGCGAGUCGAACCGUAUUGCAGCAGCAGAUGAUGUUAUUCCUUUGAGCGAACCUGUGCGCACGGAGUCCGGGGAAAUGACGGACAGUAUAUCUAUAGCGAAAGGGACAUUGAUCACAAUAUCAGGCACAUCGAUCAAUCGCUCUUCAGCCAUCUGGGGACCUGAUGCAAAGGAAUUCAAGCCUGAUCGUUGGCUGACUGAAGACGGCAUCAGUGGGAAGGCCAAGGAAGUCCAAGGUCAUAGGCAUCUGCUGACAUUCGUCGACGGCCCAAGGACGUGUCUUGGCAAAGAUUUUGCGAUCACGGAAUUCAAGACGGUUCUGUCGGUUCUGGUGAAGAACUUCGUGUUUGAGAUGCGGGAUGGACCUGAUACUCCACUCGAACUUGCGAUGGGGAUUUUACCUCGUCCGCGGGUUGUUGGAGAGGAUGGCAUUGGCGUACCUUUGAGAGUUCGUCGGUAUGAAUGAAUGGUUGCGCUGCACUCGCAAUUUUACUAUAUUUUCUCAUUCGCGGCUGAAACCCUCAGACUGUAUUCAGAUCAGAAGAGAACUGAUGUCAAAAUAUGGGCACUAUAUAAUUCUGUAUAUCAUACAGAAUAUGCUAUCCUUUUCUGCUGCUCAGCGGAGUAUUCCC